AGGCCAUUCAUUGAAGGUGCGCCUUAUACUCCAAAGUGCGGAAAAUACGGUCAUUGAUAGUGGCACCCCCCAAAAACAUUUGUAAUUACCUGUAGUUGCCACAAGGUGGAGGCAUUACAGUACUAGUCUACCGGAAACUCCUCAACUCACUUCAAAAUGCGUCUUUGUCAACAAAAUGCCACCAAAUGGCGCACAAAAUAACAAACUGAGCAUAUAUGUGAAAAAUAAUUCCUUCUAUACUUUGAUUGGAUAACCGUAGUCAGAUUUAUAAUUGACCACACAGCACAAUGUAAUCUUAGGUAGUCAUCAUCUUUUUAACGUCACCGAUUUCUAAGAUUAGCACUAAAAAUGCAGUCAAGCAGAAUAACCAGGGCAGAUGUUUGUCUCACAUUACUGACACACCCAUAAACUGCCCAGGGCGACCGAGAGGCACAAUAGAUGCGUUUGUGUGUGUGUGUGUGUGUGUGUGUGUGUGUGAUGGGGGUGUCGAGGAAGACCCCUGGAGGAAUUCUGCCCUGCAAACUUCUCCACAGGACACACUGCACUCCUUCCCCAGCAGUUAUCAGCAGACGCUUUGGAUUUUCUUCCCUCAUGAGCUUCCCCGACACAGCAGAACCCAAGCGGAUUAAUCUGCUCACCUCCAACUUCUCGGGGAUGGCUCUGCGCGGCUCCAGGACGGGAUUCUACAGGCAGGACCUCAACAGAACUGUGUGGGAAGUCCCGGAAAGGUACCGAGACCUGAGACAAGUCGGGACAGGCGCUUAUGGAACUGUCUGUUCAGCGUGGGACCGGCGGACCAGCUCGCAGGUGGCCAUCAAAAAGCUCCAUCGGCCUUUCCAGUCCAAACUUUUUGCCAAGAGGGCCUACAGGGAGCUGCGCCUCCUCAAACACAUGAAGCACGAAAACGUGAUCGGCCUGCUUGAUGUUUUCGCGGCGGAAAUUUCCCUUGACCGCCUUCGAGAUUUCUACUUGGUAAUGCCCUUCAUGGGUACGGACCUGGGCAAACUCAUGAAGCUGGAGAGGCUGUCAGAGGACAGAGUACAAUUCCUCGUCUACCAGAUGAUGAAAGGACUCAAGUAUAUUCACUCCGCGGGGAUCAUCCACAGGGACCUGAAGCCAGGAAAUCUAGCCAUCAAUCCGGACUGUGAAUUAAAGAUUCUCGACUUUGGCCUGGCGAGGCAGGCCGAUGCGGAGAUGACAGGCUACGUGGUGACGCGCUGGUACCGAGCCCCCGAGGUCAUUCUCAACUGGAUGCACUACACGCAAACAGUAGAUAUCUGGUCCGCCGGUUGCAUUAUGGCAGAGAUGCUACUGGGGAAGCCACUGUUCAAGGGCAACGAUCACCUGGACCAGCUCCGAGAAAUCAUGAAGAUCACCGGAACACCGGCUGCAGACUUUGUGAUGAAAUUACAAAGCCAAGAUGCCAAAAACUACCUCAGAGGUUUGUCAAAAGUACCGAAAAAGGAUCUCCACUCCAUCUUUUCCAAAGCCAGCUCACACGCCGUGUCCGUGUUGGAAAAGAUGUUGCUCCUCGACCCCGAGGAGCGGGUCAGCGCCUCGGAAGCUCUGGCUUUUCCCUUCUUCGCCGACUUCCGCGACACUGAGGACGAGACCGAGGCGCAGCAGUACGACCAAACCAUGGACAACACGGACCUGACGCUCGAUCAGUGGAAACGACACACUGUCACGGAGAUACUAACCUUCAGGCCUCCACAGGACUCCAGAGAAACAUCACUUUAACUAACGUACAAAUCCAGGCGAGAUACACAACCCCGAACUGGCUGCCAGCCGGGUUGCAGAUCUCAACAAACGAACAUUCACACUAAUGAACAUUAUAGAGUCAACAUGCACGUUUUUGGUAUGUGAGAUUUUUUUUUUUUAAGCAUAGGAACAUGUUAGUAUGCGGUUUAUUUUUAAUAAAUGUGAUAUUGUAUCAUAAUGGAACAGUGACUUUUUGCAUCCGAUCUGUAACUUUUGGUUCUUAUUAGAUUGCAUAGGUGUGCAAAAGAAUGUGGGUAAGUUCAAAAUUAGGAUUUUUUUUUUUUUUUUAUUCAAGCAUGACUUUGAACUGUAUUCCAUUGAACAGGUCACACGCC